GGUCCGGCGCCCGCCGCUCCGCCUGAGGGCCGAGACCUGUCCCACUCCAUCUGGGGGUCCGGCGCCCGCCGCUCCGCCUGGGGGCCCGAGACCUUUAGUUCCGCCUGGGGAUCCGGCGCCCGCCGCCGCUCUGCCUGGGGGCCCGAGGCCUGUCGCCCUGCCCCAGGGGGCCCGAGGCCUGUCGCCCCGCCCGGGGCCCGAGGCCUGUCGCCCCGCCCGGGGGCCCGGUGGCCUGUCGCCCCGCCCGGGGGGCCCGGUGCCUGUCGCCCCGCCCCGGGGGCCCGGUGCCUGUCGCCCCGCCCGGGGGCCCGGUGCCCUGCCGCCCCGCCCGGGGGCCCGCUGCCUGCCGCUUCUCCUGGUAGCCCGAUAAUGUGCCUCUGCCCCGGAGUCCAGCCCGAUGUGCCUCUGCCCGGUGUGCCUCUGCCCGGAGUCCAGCCCGGUGUGCCUCUGCCCGGUGUGCCUCUGCCCGGUGUGCCUCUGCCUGGAGUCCAGCCC